UCGCGUUCGUAUUAUUCCAACUCAUUCACAUAGUCCACAUGCUGUAUAAGCGGAAACAGUCCUUGAGGACCUAUAAUAUUCCGUUCAAUGACGGACGAUGAACACAUACCCAAUUCCCUGGAUUAAGAAUGCUUUUGCAAUCUUAUAAAAACAUUAGAAAUGUUCAUCUUAAACUUCAACACAAUCGGUUUUUGAGCACCUGUUUAAAACCUAUCAAACAGUUAGUACGAUUUGAAGGGCCGGAUGCUCAAAAGUUUCUCCAAGGGCUUACGACACAAAAGGUCUCAUUAGAGAAACCAUUUUACACGGGUUUUUUGAAUACAAGCGGACGUAUUUUAUUUGAUGCAUUUUGUUAUCCUGAAAACAUUACAACUACAGAAACUGGCAAACCAAGUCAGAGACUAUAUGUUGAAGUAGAAAAUUUUAGAACUGAGGAGUUUUUGAAACAUGUGAUAAAGUACAGACUUCGCUAUAAGUGUGAUGUUACAGCAGUUAAUCCUGAUGAGUUGAGCGUUCAAGUAGGAUGGGAUCAAGAUGCAGAUAAAGUUAUGAAUGAUAAGAAUAGCAUUGCAUCUAUGUGGGAUCCCAGAUUUCAAAAACCUCUGCUCAGCCGGAGCAUUGUUUCAUCGCAUGCGUGUAUCUCCAAUGCUGACCUGAACGAGUACGCGACAUUCCGAUUCCGACACGGAGUCGCUGAAGGUUCUUCGGAGAUAACUCCAGGGUCUGCAUUUCCCAUGGAAAGCAAUUUGGAUUGGAUGAACGGCGUCGACUUUUAUAAAGGAUGUUAUUUAGGCCAAGAGCUUACCGUACGAACAUAUCAUACGGGAGUUACACGCAAAAGAAUCUUUCCAUUUAUAGUAGAGAAUGGAGGCCAUAAUUCCGAUAUUCAGCCAUCAUCCAAGUUAGCUCUUGGUGCUUCUUCUAACCAAGUGAGUAAGCGAUCUCCAGGAAAGAUCCUUGUUUUACAAGGUAUUUAUGGGCUUGCAAUGUUAAGAUUGGAAUAUUUAGGACAACCACUUGAGUGUAACGGUGUGCCUAUUCGAAUUAUGGAUGAAGUAUGGAAAGAGCAAAUGCAGUCUUCAAACUCAAAAAACUGAAGUAAUCUUUUGAAGAAAUUAUUUUAUUUAAGUUUUCUUUUCUUUGUUUUAUGCCUUGAAAAUCUACGAAUCUAUGAUAUGAAUUUCGGUACUAAUUUGCUAAUCUUGAAAACCGGCUGGCAAAAGGGACAACAUAACUUUGAAAUGUUCUUUCUUCGCGGCUAAGUUUUUCUUAUAAAUGGUAUAUCUUGUGUAACAACCUCAUUCAAGCAUGUUCCUUUCGGUUUAUAUGCUGGCUGUUGGCCAAGAUAUAGAAAAGAAACCGCAUUAUAGUUAGCUAAAAAGUAUUUCGAUCUACCUGAAGCCCAAAUUAACAUUAAUUUUCUUUAUAGAUCCAACUACUGAUACUACUACUAGACCACUUCUUUCGUUUACUUUCAUGUUUUUAUGAAAUUUUCGCUACACCUCGCAAGAGCUCGUAAAGUUUAUGUUCGCUACUAUGAGCAUCCGAGCUAACUUAUCCUUUACUAUUCCCU